AUGAACUCCAAGAAGAUAUCUCUAGGGAGAAGAGAUGGAGAGAGUGCACACAACAUCAACCCUGACCCUGCCACCCCCUCCCUGCGGCCUAUACGCAUGGUACUGUCCAGCCAGGGUACCAUCCGUCACAUCCAGCUCACACUGCUAUUGUCUGCAGCCGUAGCAUCGGUCCAGGUCCCAGAGCCCCACCUCAGCCUGUCUAAUGAGAGAACUUCGAUUGAGAGGACGUAUGAGCUGACCAAGUACCUGGAGCAUCAGCUGAGAGAGAUAAAGGACACCUAUCUAUCCUACCUGGGCCCUCCGUUCAGUGAUCCAGACUUCUCCCCUCCACGGCCCAACAGCACGACCCUGUCCCUGCCCAGCGCCGCCACCCGUCUGGAGCUGUGGCGGGGAUUGGAGAACCGUGCCAGGCUGACCCAGAACCAUAGGGCUUACUCUGUCCUGCUGGGAGCGGUGAGGGAGCUGGCCCGCUCCACCCUCUGUCCCUACCUCCAGAGCUCCCUGCUGCACUUCUCUACAGGCCUGGACAGUCUGCUGGGGUCUAUAUCAAGCCUCAUGAACACUCAGGGGUAUGCUCUGCCUCCUGCUGGGAUUGAGACGCAGUACCUGCAGAGAGACACAGGGGGCGACAGAGAGGCGAUGGGACGCAGACCAUCUCCACUGAUGAGUCAGGGUCUCUAUAAGGGAGGGGUGGGGGCGGAGGUGGGGCCAAAAAGGCAUCCUCUUGGUGAUCAGAGGGGUGCAGGGACCACCAGAGGGACAGAGGAGAGAGGGGAGCGCGGGAGGAAAGGGAGGAGGAGAGAGGCAGAAGAUUGGGAGGGGGCCAGUGAAGACAGGGAAGAGGAGGAAGAGUUGGAGAGAAAGGGAGGGAAGGACAGAAGGGGGAGAAGGCUGUUGAGUGUUUCAGAGGAAGGAGAGAGAACAGUUAAGCAAGGUCCACUGAACUCUGACGCCAGAGUCACUCUGUCCUUUUCAGACAGACAAACCUUCCCCCAACAACAACUCCUAAACAACAAUAACAACAACAACAACUACAAUCACAACAACCACUACAGCUACAACUUCAACUAUCACCCCCAAAAUAAGGACAGAGCCGAAAACAGGGCGACAGAGGAGGAACAAUACAUCAUCCGAGAAUCUGCAUCACUCCUCUCCUCCUCUUCAUCCUUCCAACCCCAGCGCCGAUCCCCUCGCUCCUUAUUCUCCCCCACUCUCCACUCCCCCCUCUCCCUCUUCUACCCGUUUGGCACAGGGCCGGGGGAGGGACACACCCUGUUGUCAGAACCAGUUCCCCUGUCAUUGAGGAGGGGUCCCCCCUUGCUGCCGCCCCCUCCCCUGCCACCUCUUCUGUCCUCCUCCUCUCUGCUGUCGGUGCAGCCGGCGCUGAACGACUUCUCCAGGAAGGUUGAGGGAUUCUGGGUACUGAGGGAACUGCAGAGCUGGCUGUGGCGCUCCGCCAAGGACUUCAACCGCCUCAAGAAGAGACUCCGAGUCUGACAGACUGAAAGAGGAGGGAGGACACACACUGUCUCUCUCUCUCGCACACACACACACACACACACACACACACACACACACACACACACACACACACACACACACACACACACACACACACACACACACAGUCUGAGAAACUGAGAGAACACACACAGAGACAUACCCACACAUAGAACCUGAGAGUGGGCACAAACACACACAUUUUCACACAGACAGUGUUGGAAUACCUACCUAGUGCUGAACCACGGAAAAGUGGCUUUCUGGCCUGUCAUCAGCCUGAGCACACAUUGGCACAUCCGGGGAUGGAAAAUAAUCAAUUGUCUGUCUCUCAGUCUGCGGACAAUAUCAGCACUGUCACCAAUGACAUGACAUCAUGACAUAGCAGGUCAUUGAUCUGCCAUUGGAACUUAUUUACUGGAUGUAACGCCUCACAUACUGGACAUAAAGGUGGUGAUCAAGCAGAUAGACAGUCAUGUCAUUGACUGAGAGCUGAUUCAGAACAGCAGUGAAUCACUAGACAUUCAUCUUUGCCUAGGGAGGAAGAGAGAGUUAUGAAUGGAGAGAGACUAAGGGAAGAAGAGGAAGGAGAAAUGGCAGGAUGGAGAGAGGGUAGAAAGAGAGUGAGUGGGAGAAAGAGAGAAAGGGGGUGUCUGAGUCAGGGGCUGACAGUUGGAGUCUGGGCGGUGGGGGUUGCUGAGUAAUCAGAAAUCUGCAGACACUUACAGUAAACACUGCAUAGACACCCACCGGACACACACAGUACAGACCCAUUUCCAGGCGUACCAGUAAUUUGUGAAUUGGCCAACUGUUUUUACAGUGAGUUGUUGACACUUUUAGCUUUGGAAUGGGCAUCUCAGCCUUUCCCUCCGCUUGUUUCAGCCAAAUGCAACACAAAAACCCGUAACCUUGGCAUGGUGGGGUUUUCUAUCAACUGCCGUGUGUCUUUACAGCAGGUCUGGGACCUGUACAGUAAUGUCCAACAGUGUGUAUGUAUAGAGUUUAGGAUUAGAUUAUAUCUGUGAUAUUUAUUGAACAAGAUGUUGUAUUUAUUUUCUUGUGUGAAUACUGUCCUACAUCAUGUUGGAGAUGGAAGAUAAUCAAAUAUGAGCUUUUGUACUGAGAUGAAUGUUAUUGGUCAUUUAGGGAGGGGUGUUUGGGGAGUGAGGUUGUUUUUGAACGUUAUGGUUUUGACUGGGUUGGUUUGGGUGAGGGGUACAACUGAAAGAUGUGGAAGGGGGUGCAUUUCCCAAAACAAAGAGCGACUCACAUUCAUCAAAAACAAGAGGGGAAUGAAAGAGUUUUAUUUGUCUGUCUUGACAAAAUUUACGAUGUCUCUUUUUCUUUCAUCUCUCCCCUUCCCCCCAUCCCUCACUACUCCCUUUCUAUUCUCCAUCCUAUUAUCUCACGCAUCUCGCCUUCCCAAAAAUAUCCCUCUAACCUGCCUCGUAACAGACAGAGCUUAGGAGCAUAAACACACAGGUACAAACACAACCCUUAAACACGUCCACCUUCACCCCCUCUGUUUCUUUCUAUUGCUCGCUCUCUCUAACUCUCUCUUCCAUUUCCCUCACACAGUUUCUCACUCUUUCUCCCCCCUCUCUCGUUUCCCCUCAGGCUGGAAAUUAAGGGAUCAAUGAAGAUCCCCCUCUUCACCUCAGCUACACACUUACUUACACUGUGCACAACCAUUUCCCAACCCACUACACACACAGACACACAGGGCCGGCUCUAGCCUUUUGGGGGCCCUUUUAGUGUCCCCCCUCUUGACAAAGAGAAAUGCACAUUUUCAAGUUAAUUUCUUGCAAUUCUAGGUAUUUCUCCAUGGGUGGAAAUAAACUUUUUAUAUUUUAAUAAAUAAAUGUCAUGCAAUUCUACUAAUUUUCCAUGGCGCAGGUAUUUUCUUUUCAGUUUUACAGCUAAUUUCCUACAAUUCUACCUAUUUUGCCAUGGCUUAUGCC